AUGUCCUCACCCGAUCCAGCCAAACGUGACGUACUCAUCAGCAAGGCGCUUGCAUAUCUUCUCCGCCACGGAGCACUCAAGGAGAAAAUGGCCAUCGACGAGGACGGAUUCGUUAAGAUCGACGACGUGCUCUCCCACAACCGGUUGAAGACCAAUAAGGCCACGAGAGCAGACUUGGAGCGCAUUGUGGCCAGCAACGACAAGCAAAGGUUCAGCAUCAAGGGCGACUAUAUCUGUGCCAACCAGGGCCACUCCAUCAAGAGCGUCUCAGACUCGAACUUGACUCUUCUCAACGAAGACACCAUUCCCGACGAGAUCUUCCAUGGCACCUACUACAACAAGUUGGAAAUGAUCUACAAAAGCGGGGGAUUGCGCAGAAUGACGAGAAAUCACAUCCACUUUACCAGUAACUCCGAUAAACUCACCAACAUUUCGGGGGUGCGGUACAACGCCAACUGCUUGGUGUAUGUGGACGUCCGCAGAUGCAUGGCCGACGGAAUCCCGUUCUACAAGAGUGCCAACGACGUGGUGUUGACUCCAGGAGAUGCUGAAGGCAAGGUGGGAUGCGAGUACUUUGCUCGUGUGGUGGACCGGAAAACGGGGAAGGCGGUGGACUUCCAGAAGUGA